UGCUUCGUUAUGUAUGACUAUUGUGUUGAGCGCCGGCAAAGGAAGGUUAUGCAGUCUGCACAGCAAUCUGGGGCUGUUGUGGCAUCUCUUUUCCCUGAGGCAGUACGCGAGAAGCUGUAUGAAGAGCUGCGCCAAGAGAAGGUUGCUAAAGAGGAAGAAGCCAACAAGAAAAGUCAGCUUUUGGAUGCUAACAAAGCACCACAAGAACAACGAAUGUCCUCAUUUGACCUAGCUACCAAGAGCUCUGUCAAUGCUCAUUUGUAUCCUGACUGCACAUUGUUUUUUGCUGACAUUGCCGGAUUCACACAUUGGAGCUCAAGCAAGUCACCAGAAGAUGUCUUUGAUCUUCUUGAGAGCAUCUAUGGAGCAUUUGAUGCAAGUGCUAGGCGUCGUUCAGUCUUCAAGAUUGAGACCAUCGGAGAUUGUUAUGUAGCAGCUACAGGCAUCCCGCGUUUGCAGAAGGACCAUGCAGUGAGGAUGGCAAAGUUCGCCAGUGAUUGUUUGACUAUAUUCCAAAACCUUGUCCGAGAUGAGCUAUCCAAUAGGCUAGGUGAAGACACUGCUGAACUUGGCCUUCGGGUGGGCCUCCACAGUGGAAGUGUAACCGCUGGUGUCUUGCGUGGAGAAAAGGCCAGAUUCCAAGGGGAUGCAGUCAACACUGCUGCUCCAUGUGAAUCCACUGGUACACCCAACCGAAUCCAGGUCACGGAGGCAACGGCAACCUUGAUUAGAGCUUCAGGGCGAGGAAAAUUGUUGACGGCUAGAGAAGACCUUGUUGAAGCCAAAGGCAAGGGCAAACUGCAGACAUACUGGCUGAACACUUUUAACUAUGAUGCCACAUCUGUAAUUACCGAUGUCACCAACCAGUCACGAGAUUUGUCUGGAGAUGAAAUGGAAACAGCACCCAUUGACAGUACACAGAAACCUAUUCAAACAGAUUUGGAGUGCUAG